CCGUCCCGGAGUUCCCAGCCGUGCCGAGCGGGCGCCCUCUCCAUUGUUUGCAGUGUAAUUUGCUGUUGCUGAUUUUGGCUGUGGGCGAAAAUAGCUCUCAGAGCAAGCAGCAGAGACGAGCCCUGUAGUGCUUCGAGAUGAAGACGGAGGCCGCAGCCUGAGUGCCGGUCCCUCCCGGGAGCGGACGCCCCCGUGGGCUCGGGAAGGUGGGGGGGACCUUGGCUCUCCCGGGCAGUUCGGCCCUCGGCGUGCCGUCCUCCCCUUGAGAAACCGCAGGUCCUCCACCCUGGCACUUGUUCUGGCGGAGGAACCUGGAGUUGUGCUUUGCUAACUACUCGUUCGAGAUCGCAGCAUUUGAGUGUCAGCCUCCCUGUAUGAAGUCCACAGGUAGAGCGACAUGACAUGAACACCCUAAGCCUGCCCCUGAACAUUCGCCGAGGGGGGUCCGACACCAACCUCAACUUUGACGUACCGGAUGGCAUCCUGGACUUCCACAAGGUCAAACUCAGUGCGGACAGCCUGAAACAAAAAAUUCUGAAGGUGACAGAGCAGAUCAAAAUCGAGCAGACGUCCCGCGACGGCAAUGUUGCAGAGUAUCUGAAACUAGUCAACAGCGCAGACAAGCAGCAGGCGGGCCGCAUCAAGCAAGUCUUUGAGAAGAAGAAUCAGAAGUCCGCUCACUCUAUUGCCCAGCUUCAGAAGAAGUUAGAACAGUAUCAUAGAAAGCUCAGGGAGAUCGAGCAGAAUGGAGCCUCCAGAAGCGCAAAGGACAUUGCCAAAGACAACCUGAAGGACGUGCCGCACUCCCUGAAAGAUGCCCACGCAAAGUCUCGAACUGCUCCCCACGGCACGGAGUGCGGUAAAUCGGGCAUGCCGGGCGUGUCCCUCACCCCGCCCGUGUUCGUCUUCAAUAAGUCCAGGGAGUUUGCCAACCUGAUCCGGAAUAAGUUUGGCAGCGCCGAUAACAUUGCUCACUUAAAAAAUUCCCUGGAGGAAUUUAGGCCUGAAGGGAGUCCGCGGGCCUAUGGGGGCAGCGCCACCAUUGUGAACAAACCCAAGUACGGCAGCGAUGACGAGUGUUCGAGUGGCACGUCGGGCUCCGCCGACAGUAACGGGAACCAGUCCUUCGGGGCCAGCGGAGCCGGCACGCUGGACAGCCAGGGCAAGCUCACCAUGAUCCUGGAGGAGCUGAGGGAGAUCAAGGACACCCAGGCACAGCUGGCCGAGGACAUCGAGGCGCUGAAGGUGCAGUUUAAGAGAGAAUACGGUUUUAUUUCUCAGACGCUGCAAGAGGAAAGAUACAGGUACGAGCGACUGGAAGACCAGCUGCACGACCUGACGGAUCUGCAUCAGCACGAGACAGCCAACCUGAAGCAGGAGCUGGCCAGCAUCGAGGAGAAGGUGGCCUACCAGGCCUAUGAGCGCUCACGGGACAUCCAGGAAGCCUUGGAAUCCUGCCAGACUCGCAUUUCUAAGCUGGAGCUCCACCAGCAAGAGCAGCAAGUCCUGCAGACAGACACCGUGAAUGCCAAAGUGCUCCUGGGGAGGUGCAUAAACGUGAUCCUGGCCUUCAUGACUGUCAUCCUAGUGUGUGUGUCUACCAUUGCCAAGUUUGUCUCGCCCAUGAUGAAGAGCCGCUUCCACAUUCUCGGCACUUUCUUCGCCGUGACUCUUCUUGCGAUAUUUUGUAAAAACUGGGACCAUAUUCUGUGUGCCAUAGAAAGGAUCAUAAUACCCAGAUGAAGCCGCGGGUUCCUGUCUUCAGGUUCUUUCAGAUUUAUGUUUUAAAGAAAACUGUGCAUCCUACCAAAUUUUCAAAUGAACGGGGUUGUGCUGACUAGAGGUGACCAGGCCUGGGCUGUGCGUUGUAAAUAACUACAGUUCCCUUCACACGGUAGUACUUGCCGGCUCAGUCCCCAUCCUUAGCGAAUGUGAAUCUGUUUCAGAGCUCUCCCCACGUCGCUCACUGCCUUAAUCACACCAGAUCUUCUGCCCACCUGACUAGCCCAGCAUGGCCAGCCUCUGGUUAUUGAGCAUUUGACAUAAUUAAUGAUCCAGAAGAAAAGGGAUUUUAAGUCUCUGUCUCUCUCUUAAGUCUCUAUCACAGUCGAGCUUCACUGUUGCUUGUGGUUGCAUUUUUUCCCUGAGUCGUUAGCAGCAAGGAUGUAGCAGGACUUGGGGAGGGGAAGUACACGCAUUGGCCAUGGUGAACCCUCGUGGCCUUUGAAAGUACAGAAAAUCCUGUGUCAUCCAGUCCACUUGUCCAGAGGACCCUAGGCCCCACCUGUUCCCAGUGUCCAUAGCGGUCAGUCGUGCGUGACUCACAAGUGACACGGAAAUCUUACGACACGCCUGUUGAUCCAUCAGACGUCUAACUUAGAUGUUUUGUCUUGCACUUUAAAUGGUAAGAUGCGAAGAUUUAUGAGUGGGGCUUUCACCUUCUAACAUCCAGGGAGCCACACAUUGAUUUUAUCUGAAGUGGCCGUUGAAUGCCUUGCCUUCAAGCAUGUAGAAAUUCUUCCAAAUCCCACAUCAAGCCACGGCUUGAACAUCAGGGUCCAGUAAGCACUACUCUGGAGGUUUGUAUUUCAGCACAUCUUAAUGGUGAUAGACCCCCUGUGAGGAUGUGAUUCACUCUAUUCCCUGGCUUGCGAGGGAUCGCAAAUCUCACUCCACAAAUGAAAACAAAUGAUGCUCGUGUCGUAGGGUUUUUGUUUUUCUUUACGACAACAGAAUUGUACUUUUAUAAAGCGAAAGUGCACUGAGGUAGGCGCUCUGGAAGCAGGAGGGAAAUAGGAUGUGUGGUCUAAUGGGGUGGCAGUCGGAUCAGGGGGAGCAGUCGACCUGGAUGGAAACUGAGAAGGUCCUCUUGUGACCCUGUGAGACCAGCCGGAAUCACAUAGAUUGAUCCAGUGUCCAAGCGAAGGCUGUCUGUCACCUCUCGGGAUCUUCCUGGAGACAAGGGCCCAGGUAAUAGAGGGGCCGCGCUUCUUCCCCUGAGGUGAAAGCAUUCAGAAGUUAACAUCCUCAACCUGUUUGAGGGAUUCUGCUCACUACUUUCAGCCCAGAUGAUACUCCCCUUUAAAUCUCUUUCUCUCUGUACCUACUGAAAAUGAAGUUAGAAGAUUUUAAUGGAAACGGCUGUUCAGUCCUGCCUCCUGCCAUCCGCUCUGUUCUCUGAAGGCGUAAAGAUGUAUGUUAGUGUACAUUUUCUUCCAGAAAACAUCAAAUAGCCUGGAUUUAAAUUAAGUGCAAUAUUUUGCGAACAGCUGCUCUUGGGGAAAUCUCCUGGAAAAAAAAAAAAAAUGUGACAGUGCGCCAUGGUUUGAGAGAGUGGAACAGUCGAGCAUUUGGUACAAGUCCAGCGUGUGUGAGACUUAGACAACUCAAGCUUUCUUCUUUUAACUUGACAGUUCAGUGGUUUUAGUAAAUUCACAAACUUCUUCAACUGUCCCCACUAUCUAAUUCUGGACUCAAGCUUCUUAAAAACAGUAACGAUCAUUUCAUGAAAUCUUUGGCUGUUAAGCAUCUUGGAUUCAGGGAAGACGGAGUCAGCAGCCCUACCCCCAUCUCAUGGCCGUGUCCCCUUCCACCAUCAGACUCGCCCUUGUUCUGCCAAGUUGGCUGUAAAUACACUGUGAUCCAUCAAACCCAGGGGACAGAAAAGAGUUCCAGAUCCAGGAUUGGGAGGGAGAAAGAACGGUGUGCUUUCUUUCGCUUCUGUAUUUUAAUGGCCAGCAUUCUCCUUCACCUGUGGGCGUCAGUCUCCAUUCGGCUGAGGGCUGGAUGCAGCUUCCACCCCUGGGUCCUGGUGGGCGCCUCUCAGUUUCUGCGCAUCUUUCUGAGGCACUUUGCAUAUGCCAGAGGUUGUGGCGGAUGUAGAUACUGCUGUUAUUUUUUAGAGAGAGGGAGGGAGAUUUCUAGCCCUUUGAGGUUAAGGGUUGCAGGGGAGGACCCAGGACGUGGGCCUGCUUCACUGGCCACCACGCUCCACUCGACAUUCGCUUUGACGCUUCCCAGACCUGCAUCCGCGUGUCUCCUCUCCGCUGCAGAAGUAGGGGAGGAAAUGGAAAGCCACACACUCCACCCCCUCCAGUCUGGAGCUGUUAACAGAAGCGGCUAGAAACUGGCUCUGCUCUGAAAUCUUGGGUCUAAACCAUCCCAUUUGAUCAUGCCUUCUUUUGCACAGAAUCUGUCCACCAGUUCUCGUUAGACGUCAGAUAACUUUGUUUUCACUUGGGUGUGCUCAACCUACGUGGCAUGCUUAUUUUAGAGUCUUGUUGAAAGUUCAUGAAGCUUUUUAAUAAGUUGAUACACUCCAAGGAGACCUUUACCCUCUGUGGUUUACUGUUCUCUUAAGGAAUAAACCCUCCCAUUGUAUUUCCUUUCCCGCACAAGGGUAAGAUUAAAUAAAAUUUUAUAUGUUAUUCAAUUAAAAAUAGUGAUCCAACUGGGAUAUAUCAUGGAAUUGGUUAUUUAAUUUACAUUUAAGUCCGCUAAUCCCUUUCCCCACCUUUCAUUCGUAGUAAAGAUGAAGCCAGUCAUGGGAUGGUCAGGCACCUGCUCACUCAGCAAACUUAGUGCUUUAAGAUACUGGACGUUGCAGGGGCAUCUGGGUGGCUCAGUCGGUUAAGUGCCGACUUCAGUUCAGGU